UUGAUCAAAAUAAUAAUAACACGACAGGAAUGUUACUUUUAAAUUUUUCAUUUAAAUAUAGUUUUUCAAUAUUCAGUACUUCACUGUAGUUACAGUGAAAUGUAACAUUGAUACAAUUAAUUGGAAUAAUUUGCAUUAAAAAAUUUACUCAUAAUGUUAAGAGAACUAAGUACUAUUAGAGAAUGCAUUGUAAAUACGAAUGUUACUCUAAAAUCCGUCAUUCAGGAAAUAUAUUCGUGUGAUGGACCAACGGAAGCAUUAUCACGUUUGAACGAUAGUGGUCGAAAGCAGAUAAAUAUAUUUAGGAAUUUAAUAGAAAAUUUAGAACUGUAUGCUCGUGAAGCAGAAAGUACACAAGAAAGAUCAGAACUUUUUGAAGAAGCCCGUAAUCAAAGAGAAUAUUUAACCAGUAAUAUUGCAUCAUUUCGAAAGGCUAAUGUAGAAUGUAUGACAAGAAUUCACAAGAAAGCGAGUGAACAACUUUUAGGUAAAAGUAAAGAUGAAGAAGUGAGAUAUAGGCUUAAAAUGGAUAAAGAAAAUCUAUUGAAACAAUCAUCUACGGUGACAAAUCAAUUGUUAUCUGUAAGCAGACAAUUAGCUAACACGUCACAACAAAGUUUAGACACCCUCGACGUAUUAUUAAAAUCAUCUUCAACUGUAUCAAAUAUAAGCAGUGAAAUAAAAAAUUCAAAAGGUGCUUUGACUCAAUCUGAAAAACUUUUAAAUAAAUAUGGCCAGCGGGAAACAACAGACAAAAUAUUAAUAAUUUUUGCCUUUGCUUUUUUUUUAUGUGUUGUAGCUUACAUUGUACAAAAACGACUUUUUUAAAAAAAAGAAUUCUAGUUUUUAUUUUUAUUUAUAUAAAUAAAAGAAUAUUUUUAAAGAUCUCUAUUAUUUUAAUCUUACCUUUGUUAUUGUUUUAAUUUUAUUGAGACAUUUGGCACAAAAUAUAAUUAGGGUGUAAGGUUAAGGAGUAAUAUUUGAUAAAU